AUUACAUGUUUGGUCUGAGUGGCAGCCUUCGGCCCUGUUUUAUGCCACCCACCCUAAAACCACCUCUAAAAUCACGCGGCUAUAUAUCGGCGCUUGUCGCUUGCCGGUCGUACCAAACUCCGACCCGCUUCUAGAACAACCACGGCUUCUUCGGGGUUAUCAUAUGAGACACCGAGAGAACGAUAAAAUUUUGUGAAAUGGGCUCUGGCGUGUAAAGCGUCCUAUACUGAGAGACAGUUGUAGUCUACACGAGGAGAGGUAGAUGGGAUGAGCGAGAGUCCAGUAGGAGGCAAGUCGAUGUUUUCGCCACCACUAUACUUAAACCGACUAUAUGUGUAUUCUUCACAUACGACCAUAGCCUUAAGAGAAUUGGGCACCUUAAAUACUUCGCAUGUGAUAUAACAUACAAUGGAGUCUAUUUGUCCUUAUUUGUCACAAAACGCACGUCUGUGCUCAAGGAACACUGUGAACCGUAGAGCCACAGCUUACAAAGAAUAUAUAGGCUCCCCCCUCAAGCUUUGAAUUGCCCCUUCAAUAUAGUCUAGCCACGAGGCGAGCCACGAGGCGAUUCAAAGGUUGAAGAGUUGGGCCGAGCCCUUAGCCAGAAGUGAACAUGUCGGGUCAGAGGAGGAGGCAUACAGCCUAUUCUAAUUCACAAUGGGGGCGCCACUUCACCAAAGAUCAAUACCCUGCUUCCUAAUUAUCCAACCACACACAAACAUUGGAAGGAUUCCACAACCAACAACCAUUAUAGGCUGUCAGAGACGACAACCUAAUACCGCCGCGUGGGUGGAGUGCCUGGCUUCCCCUAUGGUGCGGAGAAGCGGGGGAAUCCCCACUAUUUGUUUCCAUGCUUCCUUCUUCUGUAGAAUCCCAGUUCGGCGACAGAAACCUGCGUAAAGGGCCCAUACACGAACUUCUGUCGCUUACUGCAUAUACCCCGGCAUGAGGUGUGGUGCCAUUGGGGGCAGGAAAAGGAAGGACGCUUCAUGGAUAGGGAUUGCGUGGAUCGGCGUAAGACAAGAGGAUCAAUACAUUUAUCUGCCUCUAUGCCUCUACGGCUAACGCACCGAUAAGCCGGAGAGCUCGACCAUUCACUACGUGCACGCAACUGGCCUUUUCGCUAUAUAAUGGCACUUUCCUUGAAGUCUCGGUCAGUCCUGACCUUGGCUGAGAAAAGCGUUCAUCGUUUCUUCCCUCUUAUUUCUGCUUUCGUGGAUACGCUUCAGUUUACUGCGGCUUCAUCGGCAACACGUCCUCACCAUGGCUAUCGCUGUCGGUGCCGUCGGUUCAUCGACCAAAAAACAUGACCUAGCUGUCGCUCAGGCCAGCACCCCUCGCCUGGCCAAGGUGCAAUGGUGGUCUGACCCUGGAAUGCGCCAGUUGUACUUCUACGCUGCCAUUCUUUGUGUCUGCUCUGCUACUACUGGUUACGAUGGUUCUAUGCUUAACGCCUCCCAAGUCAUGGACAAAUGGCAAGACUAUUUCGGUCACCCUAAGGGUUCUAAACUCGGCAUCCUCAACUCGAUCUACCAGAUUGGUAGUAUUGCCAGUUUCCCCGUCGCACCGUUUAUGGCGGAUCACUUCGGCCGUAGAAUCCCCAUCGCUGUUGGUUGCAUUAUUAUGAUUGUCGGUGCUUUCCUCAGCGCCUUCACUAAUGGAUAUGGAAUGUACCUUGGUGGCCGUUUCCUCGUUGGCUUCGGGAAUUCUCUGGCUCAACUAUCCUGCCCCCUUCUACUGACUGAGAUCUGCCAUCCUCAGCAUCGCGGUAUCGUCACCGCCAUCUAUAACUGUCUCUGGAACUUGGGUUCAUGUGUCUGCGCCUUUGUUGCUCUUGGCACCAUCAACAUCAAGAACGACUGGUCCUGGAGAUCCAUCACCCUCAUCCAGGGCGUCCCCUCCCUUAUCCAAAUUGUUUGCAUCUACUGGAUCCCUGAGUCUCCCCGCUGGCUUAUAGCCAAGGAGCAACCCGAAAAGGCUCUCGACAUUCUUGCAAAGUUCCAUGCUAAUGGCGACCGCAACGACGCCACUGUCCAGUUUGAGUACCAUGAGAUGAAGGAAACUAUUACCAUGGAGUAUCAGGCAAAGGCAAAUAGCAGCUAUCUUGACUUUUUCAAAACCCGUGGCAAUCGUUACCGCCUCAUGAUCCUCGUCUCUCUUGGUAUCAUCUCCCAAUACUCUGGUAAUGCUCUAAUCAGCAAUUACGCCAAUCUUAUCUAUGAGGGCGCUGGUAUUAAGGACCAGGCUCAGAAGACUGGUAUCAAUGCCGGUGAGCAAUUGCUCAAGCUUAUGGUUGCCAUUGGCUUCUCUAUGGGUAUUGAUCGAUUCGGUCGUCGUCCUCUCUUCUUGAGUGCCACUAUAGGCAUGUUUUUCUCUUUCCUUAUCUGGACCAUCAUCGCUGCCCGUUUUGAGAACACUGGCGAGAAAGACAUCAAAAACCUUGGCUACCCUCAGAUCGCCUUCGUCUGGCUCUUUGACGUCUGCUACUCCGUCGCCUGGUCUGGUCUGCUCGUUGCCUAUGCUCUUGAGAUUCUGCCCUACAGACUCCGUGCUCGUGGUCUCAUGAUCAUGAACUUUUUCAUCCAGGUUGCUCUUACUAUCGGCAACCAGACCAACCCCAUUGCUCUGAACAACAUGCCCAGAAAGUGGAACUUGUUCUGCUUCUACACAGUCUGGAUUGCCGUCGAGCUUGUCUUCGUCUACUUUUUCUACAUUGAGACUAAGGGACCUACUCUAGAGGAGAUCUCCCGAAUUUUCGACGGAGAUGAUGCUAUGGUCGCUCACGUUGAUUACAUCGACAAUGAAAAGACCUCCCAGAUCGAGACUGAGACCAAGGACGGCGACGGACGCAAGCAGGCUGCCUAAUAUCUGAUCUUGAUAGACAAGGCUCGAUUAUGAAUCUGGCUGAAUUGUGAGAUCUGCUGUUCACAGGCUUACAUACAAGGACGGUCAGAGGAGGUCAGGGCGGAGUCAACUAUUCUACUAUUCUAUUCUCUAAUACUUAUAAGACUUAUAAUAUACGUGUACAGCGAAAGCUACAACCUAUUGUUGUAUGUUUUAGCCAUCAGUUUUUUGCUCUUCGCAAUCGUUUUUGUGCCUGCUAGUAUAUAUGUAUGUUUAAAUCAGGGGCGAGGUGAUUGUUCCAUUGACAGGAGAAAGUAUGUUUAGGACGGAUAACGGCGGG